ACGCCAGCGCGCCAGCCAGCCCUUUCUAAAAUGGCGCAACAAUCACUGUUUUGACAGUAUCUCGAACAAGUUUUUUGCGCGCAAGUAUAAUAGCGUGUCGGUUCUGCUGUGCUGUCCAUGUGUUUAGUGCCAACGUUGCUGGCAUAGUGUGCUCGCAUCAAGUGGCAAGUCAGCACUUGCAACAUGGAAGCAGCUGCAGUGACUGUAGACGUGGAGAAAGAAGUUGCCAUUGCAUCUAGGCCUGAGAAUCCUUUUCACAUUAAAGCUAGAAAAGAGAUUGAAGAGGAAAAGCAGAAUAAAAAUAGGAAUUUGGACUGUAAUGUCGCCAUUGCAUCAAGGCUUGAGAAUCCUUCUCACAUUAAUGCUAGCAAGGAGACCAAAGAGGAAAGGCAGAAUCAAAAUAACUUGGACUGUGAAGGCAAAGUUUGGCCAAAGGUAGAAGCUGAUGGCAACCAUGCAUCAAGGCCAUGCGACAAUAGCAUCGUCAGUUCGCCUAGUUUAGAGGCAUGUUGUGGUGGUACUGCUGAAGACAGCUGUGAGAUCAGAGAAAGGCCUGGGUACCCUUCCAGCAUGCAAACUAAUGAAGAUACAGCAAAACAGUUAAAUAAAGAGAAAGUAAAAGUUGAAGAUGAAGACUUUAAAUAUUUAGUUCAGCCAAAUGCAGAAGGAAAUGGUAACUAUGCUUCUACACCAUGCGACAACAUUCCGGAUUCAACUUGCUCUGAGCUGGGUUGUCCUGUUCAAGUCAGCUAUGUGACUUCGAAAGAGCCCCAGUACUGUUCUGACAAUAAAACUAACCAAAAAGUACAACAGUCAGAGGAACAGAAGAAUUUAGAAGAAGAUGAUGUUAAAGGAGAAGUUUGGUCCAAGGCAGAAGAAGACAAUAGGCUUGCAUGCAAGUCUUCCGACAGUAAUGCUGCAGAUUCUACCUGUUCUGAGCCAAGUUGCAGUGGUGGUAUGAAAGGCAACUAUGGGACUUUAGCAGAGCCUGAGAAUGUUUCUGACAAUAAAAUAAAGAGUACUGCAGAACAGUCAGAAAAAAAAAAUAGUGCAAGUGAGGAUGAAUAUUGCAUUUGCCAAGUUCUGCCAAAGCUGGGUAAAGAUGACAGCCUUGCACCUAAGCUAUGUGGCAUUAGUCUUAUGGAACCAACUUGUCCUGAGACAAGCUGUAGCAGUGCCACUGAUGAGACAACUGUUUGCUCAGACAAUCCACAUGGCUCUUCCUCAUUUGGAUCUAGAGAAAACAAAGGAAAACAAGAUGAAAACGACAGUGAAGGACAUGGCUCUUCCUCCAUUGAAUCUAGAAAAAAUGAAGCAGGAAAAGAAGGGCAAAAUGAUAGUGAAGGACAUGGCUCUUCCUCCAUUGAAUCUAGAAAAAAUGAAGCAGGAAAAGAAGGGCAAAAUGAUAGUGAAGGACAUGGUGCUUCCUCCAUUGAACCUAGAAAAAAUGAAGCAGGAAAAGAAGAGGAAAAUGACAGUGAAGGACAUGGCUCUUCCUCCAUUGAAUCUAGAAAAAAUGAAGCAGGAAAAGAAGGGCAAAAUGAUAGUGAAGGACAUGGCUCUUCUUCCAUUGAAUCUAGAAAAAAUGAAGCAGGAAAAGAAGAGCAAAAUGAUAGUGAAGGACAUGGUGCUUCCUACGUUGAACCUAGAAAAAAUGAAGCAGGAAAAGAAGAGGAAAAUGACAGUGAAGGACAUGGCUCUUCCUCCAUUGAAUCUAGAAAAAAUGAAGCAGGAAAAGAAGGGCAAAAUGAUAGUGAAGGACAUGGUGCUUCCUACGUUGAACCUAGAAAAAAUGAAGCAGGAAAAGAAGAGGAAAAUGACAGUGAAGGACAUGGCUCUUCCUCCAUUGAAUCUAGAAAAAAUGAAGCAGGAAAAGAAGGGCAAAAUGAUAGUGAAGGACAUGGUGCUUCCUCCAUUGAACCUAGAAAAAAUGAAGCAGGAAAAGAAGAGGAAAAUGAUAAUGAAGGACAUGGCCCUUCCUCCAUUGAACGUAGCAAGAACGAAGCAGGGAAAAAAGAUGAAAAGGACAGCGAAGGACAUUACUCUUCCUCUAGAAAAUCUAGAAAAAAUGAAGCAGGAAACGAGGAAAAUGAUAGCAAGGGACAUCGCUCUUCCUCCAAUGAAUCAAGAAGAAAUAAAUCUGGAAAGGAGGAAAAUGAUAAGGAAGCACACGGCCCUUCCUCCAUUGAAACUAGCAAUAAUGAAGCAGGGAAAGAAGAGGAGAAGGACAGUGAAAGAUGUUACUCUUCCUCCAGUGAAUCUAGAAAAAAUGAAGCAGGAAACAAAGAGGAAAAUGAUAGUAAAGAACAUCGCUCUUCAUCCAAUGAAUCAGGAAAAAAUAAAACUGGCAAAGAAGAGGAAAAUGAUAGUGAAGGACUUGGCUCUUUCUUCAUUGAACCUAGAAUAAGUGAAACAGGGAAAGAAGGGCAAAAUCGUAGCGAAGGACAUGGCUAUUCUUCCAUUGAACCUAGAAAGAACGAAGCAGGAAAAGAAAAGGAAAAUGAUAGUGAUCGACAUGGCUAUUCCUCCAUUGAACCUAGGAAACACAAAGGAGGAAAAGAAGAUAAUGGUAGUGAAAGUGAACAUGGGGAUCGCAAAGAUAAACAUCAGGCAUCGGUGGAAAAACCUGCUAGCAGUUCAUCUGAGCUAUGUGACAGCCAAACAUGCUUCAAAGCAUCAAGUAGUUUUGAGCCAUGUGGUCAUGCUGUAGAUGACUAUGUGCCUUCAAAGGAGCAUGAGAACUCUUCUUGCACUGAAACAAAUAAAGAAGUAACAGAACAAGAAGAACAAAGUGAAGAUGAAGAGGACCAGGGAGGGAAAUGUCAUCCUAAUGUGUCAAAGUUUCUUCAUCGCUACAUAAAAAUUGGCAGGUACAUGCCAGCAUCUAUUUCGAAGGCUGGUGACUUUCGCAUGAAAGAGUCUGACACCGUGCUUGAAGCUCCUUCGUUGGUGACACCCUUACUCGUAAAAAAACCAGACUCCUUUUUGACAGAAAACAAAAACUGCGAGGGAAAACAAAAACAGAAAGGAGUGUUGCCUUUGGGUAAAGUGGGCAGCUCCACUGAUGACUUCUUUGGAAGCACAGUUGGUGAAUUCUUCAUUGGUAUUGGCUUGAGCAGAGCACGGGAAGUGUACAACCGAGAGCAAUUAAAGCUAAAGAAACAUGAGAUAAAGAAAGCAGGUGGCUGUGCGCAAGAGAUGAUCGAUGACUGUCGAAGGCUGGCUGAAGUGUACCAAAAAUCUAGAAUUGCAAAUGCUCCUUACAAUCUUAAAGUUAGGUCAUGCAGGUUAUGCGAUUUUAAGACUGAAUCAAGCCUUGUUCUAGAAGGCCACCUACUGACACCACACUUGACACCACGACGGGAGCUUCAGUGCAGCUUUUGCGACUUUACAACUCGUGAUAGGCAAGCCUUUGUAUUCCAUGUGGAAGCUAUGCACAACCGACAGGCAACUGUAGAGCCCCCACUGCUCCUUCAUCAGUGCCCUUUUUGUACCUUUGAGACCAAUCUGAAAACGAAGGCUGCAUCCCAUGUCAGUCGUUGUGAAAAACUUUUCAGUAUUGCUGUCAACCAGCAUCUCUCUUAUGACUUUCAGCCUCCAGGAGUCACAGCUAAGCCCAUUACGUUAGAUGAUGUCAGGAGUUACGAAAAAAUAUUGUUGACAUUAGGCUGUGGUGCUAAAGGUCCACAGAAGGGCUUUUGUGCUGCACGUAGUCAAAGUGGAGCUCCUGCGCUGUUAGCGCCUCGGGGAAGAGUGCCACUGCCACCCAAAAUGCCAAGGGCAGCUCCCACGCUGAACCGUUAUCAUGGACAAGCACGUUCCAGGCUAGCCUUGACGCAGCCAGAUUAUUUAUCGAACCAAGUGUUCCAGCUUGUAGGAAAGGGUUCAGAACUUAUCCCACUGCACAACAGAAGCACCAGGCAGACUCUGGCUCUUGGUCAGGCUCCUUUCAACAUGCCAAAUCUGCAUACUCGUGCCCCAGCUCCUGUGCAAGCCCAGCAGCAGACACAACCACAAGCACCGAAGUCCUUGGAGGCCACUAGCCCAAGUGUCUCUGUUGUCGUUUGUGAGAUCUGUGAUGGCUACAUCAAAGACUUGGGGCACCUGCGCUUGCACAUGCACCGGAUACACCACAUGGUGAUCCAUCGUGCCACGCUUUCCUGUCGCCCGCCACUCAACUGUCAGAAGUGUGAGAGGCGUUUUUUCACUGACCAGGGGCUGGAACGCCAUUUGCUAGGCUCUCAUGGCAUGAUCACACCCAACAUGCAGUCCUUGGCCAAACGUAGUAAGGAUGCCGGCCGUUGCCCAAUAUGUGGCCGCAUUUAUGCUGCCAAGCUGGUUUCUCACAUGAGUGAGGUUCAUAAAAUUGCAUUAAAGUUGGCCACCCUGUCCUACAAAUGCACAAUCUGUGCUGCAGUGUUUGGCCUCUUUGAGCAUUUUGAAAACCAUGUACGCAAAGUACAUGCUAAUACCACAAACAAGUCAUCUGCAGCAGCCCCAAAGGAUCUCCCUGCAAAGAGGGCGUUCUCGGCUCAAGCCUCUACUCCCACAAUUGCUCAGCACAAUUCCUCAAAGCGACAAUGCUUGGCUGCAGCCUCUAGUCCCACAACAUGCCAGCCUAAUUCUGCGAAGCGGCUAUUCUCGGCUCUAACUUCUAGUCUUGCAUCUUCUGACACCAAUUCUGCAAAGCGGCCAUUCUUGGCUUCAACCUCUAGUCCUGCAAGUGCAAAUUCCAAUUCUGCAAAACGGCCAUUUUUGGCUACAGCCUCUACUUCUGCAACUGCCAAUCCCAAUUCUGCUAAGCAACCAUUCUUGGCUGCAGCCUCUACUCCUGGAAGUGCUGAUCUCAAUUCUGUAAAGCGGCCAUUGUUAGCUGCAGCCUCUACUUUUGUGAGUGGCGAUUCAAGUUCUGCAAAGCAGCAAUUUUUGGGUGCACCAUCUACUUCUGUGGUGGCUAAGAAACUAACCAUUCCUGCAACUGGUGUGCCUAGCUCUGAGAUGAAGCAAAUUGCCUGUUUGUCUACAAAGCAGCCACUCUCGGCUCUGGCCACUGCGGCUGCAGCAGUCACUAAGGCGACAAGUAUUCCAACUGUUGUAUCAAAUUCUAAGCUGAAAGAAAGCUCAAGCAUGUUGGCAAACCCUGUCUGUAAGCCUACAGUGCCUGAAAUAAAAGUGGAGGAGGCAGUUCAUAUGAAACCUGCCCCCUCUGUUCCACUGGAGAUAGGUGAGCCUGCGCUUGGUUGGUGUGUUGCUUGUAAGAAGGGUGUGGAGGACUUGGCUGAACAUCUGAAGGACAAACACAUGCGGCAGUGUCGUGUUCGUGUGUGCCAUAUUGAGAAGUGUGACUGGUGCCUGUCAUCAUUUACUGGCCUGAUAGUGGUAAGCACAUCAGACGUCGAGGAUGAGGACAGUUCAGAGGAGGACGAGGAGGAUUAUGAUAGUGAGAAGGACGAUGCUGCAGGUAUGGAAACAGUGGACCUGGAUGGAAGAGGCUCACUGCCCAAAGAGUAGCCCGGCAAGGCUGUGUGUUGAGGAAGGACCUUGUCCAAGAACAUAGUAGUACAUCUUGCAGUUCUUGCACAGUUCUUGAACCCUCACUGUUGAAGCAGUUCCCAGACUGUUUAGUUUUUACUGUAUCUCUAGGGCUUUCACAAAGUGUUGAGGCAUGCACAUAGGGUACUAUGAACUGAAUGUUCUUGCCUACCAAGAUAUUCCUAAGUGUGGAAAAGAUUAAAAGUUUGGUAAAUAUCCAUACCUGAUGAGUCACAUUGUUACCCAGACUAUUAAGUAAAAAUGCAUCCAUACUUGGUCAGUCAAGUGGCAGAUGAAAAUUUGCAAUCAAAUCAAAUGAGCAUCAUUAGCAAGUGAAUAAUGCUUACAUUACAGCAGUGAUAAAGGUGGAGGAUAGUGGCACGUCCAUUUAGCGCAUUCGACUCUAAAAGUGUUCUGGAAAGCUUUAGAACUUUACGGAGAUCACUAUCGGAAGCUCUGACUUAGAAGCCUAUAAAGAAUCAUUCGUCUGCUUACCUUGUAAGGUAACGUGGAAGAGCCAGGUUGAGUUUUUCUGUUGCACAUAUUGCCUUGAAUUAUUUGCUGAUGUCCUGUUGCUGUGUUCACAAGCUUUGACUGAUGUCGUCCUUUGGUAAAGUAGAAAGGAUUGCUGUUGCAUAAAUUGUAGGCUAUCACGCCUACCCUGUGUUGAACAAUGUGUAGUUAGUGGCAGCAGAGCAUUCAUCCACUUUGCUUGCUGUUGUGCACGUUGUCCAAUUUCUCUGUGAUGUGCUUGUUAAUACGACUCAACUUGCAAUUUAGCAUUUUCAAUACUGUUGUUUGUGUUAUUUAAAAAUUCUACUGUGUUAGUACUUUGUACUUUUAUCAAUUGUGUGGCGUAGUGGAGGAGGCUUCCAACUCUGCCCUCAUAGUUUUCUUCCAUCCCAUCUAUAGUUUGUCAUGUGAACACACAGAUGUGAACUAUGCAACUUAUCAUGUUCUCACAAUGGUUAAUAAAAUAAGCAGCAAGCACUGCCAGAAAAUGGC